AUGUCUAAGAAAUCUAAAGAAGAAUCAUCCUGGUUUUUCAAAUCUCAAGAAAUAUCAAUAACUUUAUCUUUUACGCCAUUUGCAGCAUUAUCAUUUUUAGCGUUACUUUUAUCAUUAUUAAUUGCUUAUUAUAAAUACACUGAAAUAUUAUAUUAUGAUAUAUACGUAAAUGAUAAUGAUGAUAAAAUUUCUUGGAUAAAAAUUGCUAAUAAAUAUGAAAAUGAAUACAUCAAGAAUACUGAUGAGGAAAACAUUCCAUUGGAUAAUGGAGCAUUUGUUUAUCGACAUAUUUACAUGGAUGAAUUUAAAAGUGAAUUUAAUAUUGAACCAAUUAAUUUUACUAUAAUUGACCCUUCAAUAGCUGAUUUAAUAAAAAACCAUAAUUUAACAUAUCGCCUAAGAAAUAAAUCAAAAGAAAAUUCCGAAUUAAUUGAAGAAAUAUUUAGAUAUACAAAAAUUUAUUCCUCUGUGGUAGAAGAUAUUAAAUAUAAAGUUGGUAAUGGAACUUAUGUAGAUGAUAGAAGAGUUUAUGUUAGGUGGGUUGAUGAUUUCUUUAGAUUCGGUUUGUUCGCAGGAAGAGAAUUUAAUAAAGGAGAUGUAAUUGGUGUUUAUGCUGGAAUAAUCACUUUAGCUGCUGCUGAUAAUGAAUAUGCCUGGGAAUUUAAUUAUAUUGUGGAUGUAAAAGACGAUAAUGGAGAAAAAAUUCAUGUUUGUGUUAAUGCAAAAAAUUCCGGAAAUUAUUUGCGGUUUGCCAAUCAUCUCGACAAUGAAAGAAAUGGAGAUCAGAUUUAUAUAGUUUACGAUGAUAUUUGGUAUAUACUUUACAUAGCUCAAGAACGCAUAAAGCCACAUGAACAAAUAUUUGUUUAUUAUGGUUCUGAAUAUUGGGCCGAUAGAGAAAAAUAUUAG